AAAGAAACCUCAAAUAAAAAGGUGGAACCGAUAUAUGAGUGCUGCUUUGAAAUUAAAGAUGCCGAGAUUUGCUUUCAUUAAUUUCAGAAAAGAUCCAGAGAAGGCGUUACUACUCAAUGGUAGUUACUUGGGAGGGUUGAGGCUUGAAGUUGUGAUGGCUAGACAUAGAGUAGAAUACGUUGGCUAUCCUAACUUUAAAGGUUGUGAACUUUGCCGUAUGGCGUUUCACAAGCGCCUAUUUAGAGAAUUCUAUGAAACUUCUGGUGGUCAAAUAUAUCGUCCCAGGGAGCCUGGGUUAGAAUGGCUUACUGGUGAAGGGGAUUAUGAAGAGCCGUUUAGUGAUGAGGAUGGUGAAGAAGCAAUAUUGACCAACAACAACUAAUAUUGGUCGUUUUUAUCGUUGCCUGCUAUAUUAGUCUUAUCGAUCAGUUUAUGUGUGUUUAACUUAAAAGAAAACUUGUAUUAUGACUCCCGCUAUUUAUUUCCAUAACUUAUGCUUAAACCACAUUAUGAAAAAGGUUAUAAAACCUUUGUCUUUUC